UUCAAACGAAGAUCAAGUCAGUAUUACGUAGUUUGGUCCGAAGUUUCUAUCGCUUUAAAUUAAAUUUCCAGCUUUCAUCAAUCGUCCGCCAUUUUGAAUUGCAACGCUCACACGCUUGCGCAGUGCGCGAUUCUGCUGAAUUGAGACAUUGUGUGCUCGAGUCGUCCCAGGGCCAGGUACGAGAGUAUUUUUCAGCAUGAGGCCAGACGAACACAAGAAAAAACAGCGCGCAGAUUACAAGAAAAAACACGGAAUUACCAACAAGAAAACAGCGUCAAAGGAAAAAAACGAGACUACAAAAGCAGCGAAUGCUGCAGAAACUCAGAAGGGAGAUGAUUUGGCGGAUAUAAGCCAGGGAGAUCAUAAGCAGUUCUCAAGGAGAAAAGUCUUCAGUAAUUGGGAUCGAUAUGAAGAUUUUGAAGACACUAGUGAUGAAGAAGAUAGCAGUAUAAACAUCACAAAGAGAGGAGAAGAUUUUAAUGUCCUUCUUCAAAAAUCAGGUAGAACAUUUGACAGACCAAGUAUUUUUGUUAAAUUUGUUGGCUUUUUUUGUUUGUGUUGAGUUAUUUUUAGUCCU